GGAGCGACUAUGAGUUUCCACAUGGCGAUUAUAACAAUGAAUAUAAAUAUAAAUUCUCACAUGGUGAAUAUGACAACGAAUAUAAAUCUCAUGGUGGUAAAUACAAAUCUCUUGGUGAUGAAUACAAAUCCCCAUAUGACGAAUAUAAGGAUGGAUAUAAAUUUCAUGGUGAUGAAUACAAAUCUCCACAUGACGAAUAUAAGGAUGGAUAUAAAUCUCUUGGUGAUGGAUACAAAUCCCCACAUGAUGAAUACAAGAACGGAUACAAAUCUUCCGCUGGCGAAUAUAACGAUGGAUAUAAAUCCUCUGACGACAAAUAUAAAUCUCCAUAUGGUGAAUAUAACAAAGGAUAUAAAUCCUCCGAUGACAAAUACUCCCCUCCACGUGAUGAAUAUAAACUACCAGGUGGAGGCCAUGAUUAA